AUGGCAUAUUUUGGACAAACUGGUGGAAGUGGUUCGCGGGAUGGCGAGAAUAGUCCAAUUUUUGGUUCAGGUACUCCAUUAUCUACUGCACCUGGAGUAGAAGCCCCUGGUAACAAUGAAGAAGAAAGUGAGAGCAGUCCAGAUGAAAAUGCACAGAAAGGAAAAAGCAAGAACUGGAGUGAGAAAGAGGAUGAAUGGCUAGUGAGUGCUUGGCUGAACAACUCCAAUGAUCCAAUAGACGGGAUCUCAAAGAAGUCAGAUCGCUUUUGGAAGCAAAUAGUAGAUGAGUACAACAUGAAUGCACCUCCAAAGCUGAAAAAAACAAUUGUCCAGUGCAAAAAUCACUGGAACAAGACUGCACCAAAGGUUAAGAGGUUCAAUGCUGUAUACAAUGAAUUGAAAAGUGUUUAUGCUAGUGGACAAUCCGAAGAACAAUUGAUGAAGAAAGUUCGUGUGAAGUACAUGGCAGAUACCAACACAAAAAGGCCCUUUCGAUUUGAGCACUGGUGGGAAAUGGUGAGGAAACAACAAAUAUGGAGAAGUGAGCUGUCUUUUGAGAAAACGAAUAAGAGAAAUAAGCUGACUGCAUCAGGAGAAUAUAGUUCUUCAAAUAAAGAAGCCGAUGGAGAAGAAGAAAGUGCAAGACCCCCACAAGGUCAGAAGGCUGCCAAGGCACAACAAAAGGGGAAAGAUAAAGCCAAGGCAAAAUCAGGAAUCUUAACAAAUGAAAAUGUGCAGCAAUUUAAUGAGCUUCAACUGAGGAAAUCUAUUGCUGCUGAGAAAAUGGCAGCAGCUGCAUUACUACAAGCUGAAACCGAGAAGGAGAAGACAAAGGCUGAAAAGCUUGACAAAUAUCUUAAUCUCAUUGAUAAGGAUACUUCAGGUUACAGUGACAGUCAGAAGUUGAGGCAUGAACAAGUGGUAGAGUACUUAGCGAAGGAGCUUGGGCUCAACUAA